AUGUGGCUGUUAUAUUAUGCAUUCUGCGAAGCUGUAGUUGUUCAACUCUACUGUGCUUUGUGUGAAUUAAAGCUGAAAACGUGGGAGGAUAAUUGUUGUACUGUCUGUUGAUUACAGGCGGACACAUUGAAGGAGCGGUAUCAGAAGAUUGGAGAUACCAAGCGAACUACGCCAAUUGAAGUGCUUUGUGAAAGCUUCCCGGGUCAGUACUGCCAUUUUGGUUUGAUUGGUUUGAUUUGGAAUCUUCAUGACUCCUUUAGUUCUAGUUCAGUUUAUGCAAAUGAAAUAAUUUUCUGCCUUUGACCUUCGCCGCAGAAGAGAUGGCCACCUAUCUGCGCUACGUGAGGAGGCUGGACUUCUUUGAGAAACCUGAUUAUGACUACUUACGGAAACUCUUCACUGAACUGUUUGACAGGAACGGCUACGUCUUUGAUUAUGAAUAUGACUGGGUCGGCAAGCCACUUGUGAGUCUCGUUUUGUUUCUACUCCGUAUUCAAAGUUUUGAGUGGACCACUUGACCCCUUUAUCUGCAGACUUUCGUUAGUCUUUUUCUGUAAAUAAUCACAUAUGGGAUCAAAAUUGAGAUUUCCUGUGAUGUCUCAGCGAUUCAAGGGCCUUUUUUAUUAUAUAAUAUAUUAAUAUCUUCAGGUUGUGGUGAGUGUAAAGUAUUCACAGCAAUGAUUUUGAUGGCCUAGGUAAAAUGCUGUCAUUUUGUCCCCCACCAUAGCCCACACCGGUAGGCCCCAUCCCCAGUGACACACUCGCUCAGCCCAGCAGAGACAAAGCACAACAGCAGACCAAAAACCAGGUGAGCUCACCGCCGCCCGCCACACCCACCCACCUCGUCAGUCGAGUUUUCGUGUCUCAGAGGCAACCGCCAAGCCUCCUGUCCUAAUCUCCACUUCCUCAAGAAUACGGCCUCUUUUACAAUGUCACCUUUGUCCACUCCAACCUCUUCAAUCUACUCUUUACUCUGUUGUGGCGAUUGAGCAAGAAAGAUGGGGAACUGAUGAACCUAUUAUAAUUGUACUUAAAUGUUGUAGCAACAUCUUUGAAAGUUGAACUGUUUUAGCAUUGGAGGGUUUUGUCUUCAGCCUGCCUUCCUAAGAACUAGUCAUUUCAUGCAUGAGUUGAAAAUGCAUUGUUCACAUCAGCAAUGACAAAGCAGUUUGCUUAGUGUGUGGCAAAAUUGCUUUCUUUUCCGUUCCUUGUUCUAUCAGCAUGCUAUUUGAGCCUUGGUCCUACUACAAUGUCACCAACAUGACACAUUGUUUACAUUUUUGCCAAUUCACAAUGAUUCAUUUGACUUUAUUAGUCUUAAUCUUGUUCUCUAAGACAAAGUGCAUAAGGUUUUAUGAUUGCUGUGGACUCUGGCCUGUAUUUAUGGCUCUCCAGAACAAUGUAAUGAGUAGAACAUAUCAUCAUUUAUGAACAUAAACAUGCAACACGUUGCAUAACACAAACAAUCACAGAUUUUAUUGCAGAAACCAGGAAUAGAAUCGGAACAAUGAUUAACUAAUUCAGUCAGAUCAAUAGAAAAUAUAGAUGUUGGAAUAAAAGCCAAGAUGCUUAGGGUUUUUCCGAUCAAGGCUGUUUUCACUCUUGCAUUAGUCAGUUGGCUCUGCUUUAUGUUGUGCUCUAUUUUCCUUCUGUUAUGAACAUAGUUUUAACAAGCCUGCUUCUGCUUGUGACAUGUCUUCUGUAUUUAUUUCUGUUUGUUUUUGUUCCCACCACCACCCACCACAUUACCUCCCACCUCUUGACUCCUGCCCCCCAUAACCCGCCCCCCAUAACAAACCCCACCCCCCGUCAGUUGCCUGAUGCCAAAGGAGAUGAGGCUCAGCGUCAGCUGUCUCCAAUGACCAAUACGGAGACACUGGGGUCACAUCUCGUGGCCGAAAGGCUGGGGGGCUCUGUCCAGGUACUGCUUGCUGCACAUGGUGCUGCAUGGCUGUGUCUGUCCACUCCAGCUUUCUCUCUCUGUCUGUGUUUGUCUGUCUGCCUGCUCUGCUUCAUUUAUCCAGGCUGA